AUGGCUUCCAACGGCGAUUUCUCCGAUGAGGGAUCCCAACCCGGCUCGCCUAUACUCGAUGCCCACAACGCUCGCGGUGAGGUCGAGGACCAGGAGCCCCUUGAACAGGAAGAGAGGCCUCUCAAGUCUGCCAUGAAGAAGGCUGACUCUGCUCCCCAACCGAAGCGCCCAGAACUGCCCGAGCAGCCUAACCCGGAAACCCUCGACCUGUCAAAAUUGACGCCUCUUUCGCCUGAGAUCAUUGCCCGUCAGGCUACUCAAAACAUUGGCACGAUCGGACAUGUCGCUCACGGUAAAUCUACCGUCGUCAAGGCCAUUUCUGAGGUUCAAACAGUCCGCUUCAAGAACGAGCUUGAGCGCAACAUUACCAUUAAGCUUGGGUACGCCAACGCGAAGAUUUACAAGUGUGACAGUCCCGAAUGCCCCCGACCCACAUGUUACAAGAGUUUCAAGAGUGAGAAGGAAGUCGACCCGCCAUGUCACGAUAUUCUGAUGAGCACUAUGCUUUCAGGAGCUGCGGUCAUGGAUGCCGCCCUCCUCUUGAUUGCCGGAAACGAAACUUGCCCCCAACCCCAGACCUCGGAGCACUUGGCUGCCAUUGAGAUCAUGAAGCUCAACCACAUUGUCAUUCUCCAAAAUAAGGUGGAUCUCAUGCGAAGCGAUAAUGCCCUCGAGCAUUACCAGUCCAUUCUCAAGUUCAUCCGUGGUACCGUUGCUGAUGGCUCGCCCGUUAUCCCUAUUUCCGCCCAGCUGAAGUACAACAUCGAUGCUGUUAACGAGGCACUUGUCCAGACGAUCCCUAUUCCUCUCCGCAACUUCGAGGCUACGCCCCACAUGAUGAUCAUUCGUUCCUUCGAUGUCAACAAGCCCGGUGCCGAAAUCGAUGAACUCAAGGGCGGUGUUGCCGGUGGCUCCAUCCUCACGGGUGUCGUAAAGCUGAACGACGAGAUUGAGAUCCGACCCGGUCUCGUCACCAAGGACGAGCAGGGCAAGAUCCAGUGCCGACCCAUUUUCUCCCGCAUUGUGUCUCUCUUCGCUGAGCACAAUGACCUCAAGUUUGCCGUUCCUGGUGGUUUGAUUGGUGUCGGUACCCGUGUCGACCCCACGCUUUGCCGUGCUGAUCGUCUUGUCGGUUUCGUUCUCGGUCACCGCGGCCGUCUUCCCGCUAUCUACACCGAGAUUGAGGUUAACUACUUCCUGCUCCGCCGCCUUCUUGGUGUCAAGACCGCCGACGGCAAGCAGGCUAAGGUUGCCAAGCUUGCCAAAAACGAAGUCCUGAUGGUUAACAUUGGUUCCACCGCUACUGGUGCUAAGGUCCUCGGUGUCAAGGCCGAUGCCGCCAAGCUGAGCUUGACCAGUCCCGCCUGUACUGAGGUUGGCGAGAAAAUCGCCAUCAGUCGUAGAAUCGAGAAGCACUGGCGUCUGAUUGGAUGGGCCAACAUUGUUGCUGGUAACACCCUUGAACCUGUGCAGCAGUAA